GCUGUGACAAGUGGGAGAAAGCUGGGGAGAAAGAAGCUUCCUGAGAAAGUGACCAAGUCCAUAAUGCAUAGGGGCCACCUAUCAGAGAAAAGAGGGUGAAUGAAAUGGUUGUGGAAGUGUCACAGAGAUUAAAGAGCAAGUGUGCUAGAAGAAGAAGGCUUUAGAAGUAUCUAUCAUUUUGUGCCAAGAUGGUUAUCAGCGGCAAGUCCCAUUAUGAUCUCAUGGUGCUUGAGCGUCUGCCCUGCCUCUGUUUCCAAACUAUGCAGGGAGCAAAGGAGUGAAUGACUCGCUUUGUGUGCUUGUGUGUGUGUGUGUGUGUGUGUGGGGCGUGCACAAGUGAUGCACAUAUGCUUGCUCACACCCCAGUGCUGUGCUGAGCCAGGAAAUCCAGCGGCCAGCACGCUCUUGCCUCCUCUCUCCAGGGCAGGAGAGAGACGCACUGAGGGAGAGUGGAAGAGAGGGAGCGAAACAGAGAGGCAGCAGACGAGUGCUGCUCUUCCCCUCACAUCUUGAACAUCAAACUUUUGUACACACCAUGGGAAGGCCAGCAAGAGCCAUUCCCUUUAUCUUGUUCAUCUUCUGGCUGGAGGUUUCAUGGCAGGCACACGUGUUCCAUCCUGCCAUCCGCUCAAAUGCAACAGUCUUCUCUCAUGUCUAUACUAUAAAACGGGCAGAAGGGGACGCAGAAAUUGAGGGUGCUUCUUCUCCUCCACAAGAAGCUUUGGGCCCUCCCAGCUCCUCCAGAGGAGGGGGCCUGUAUGAGCACACCCUGGAAGGGCCUGACCAGGAGCAUGUGGUUUUCACCCACCGCAUCAACCUGCCCCCUCAGGCCUGUGGGUGCCCACCUGGCAUUGAGGACACCCAGAACCUCUUGAGACGGCUGCAGGCGCUCGAGAAUGAGGUGCGGAUGCUGCGGGACACCUGCCAAGCGGGGGGAGGCUGCUGCCCUGCUGGCCCCAGCACACAGGCCAGUACAGGUCAGACAGACGUCCGCACGCUGUGCUCGCACCACGGCUCCUUCGACCUGUCCCGCUGCCUGUGCGAAUGCGAGGCCGGCUGGGGCGGCCCCACCUGCGCCGAGCCCCUCUGCCCCGGCGGGUGCGGCGGCCCGGAGCGCGGCCAGUGCGUGAGCGGGCGCUGCCAGUGCCGCCCCGGCUACGCCGGGACCCGCUGCGAGGAGCCGCCUUCCUGCCCGGACGACUGCAAUGACCAGGGCCGCUGCGUGGACGGGCGGUGCACCUGCUUCCAGGGCUACGUCGGCCCGUCGUGCUCCGAGCCAGCCUGCCCCGGGGACUGCCGGGGCCACGGGCAGUGCGUGGCGGGGCGCUGCGUGUGCAACCCCGGGUACAGCGGCGCCGACUGCGGGGCCCGCGCGUGCCCCAGCAACUGCAACCGACGCGGCGAGUGCCUCAGCGGACGCUGCGUGUGCGAGCCGGGCUUCACGGGCCCGGCGUGUGGGACCAGGGCCUGCCCCGGCGACUGCAGCCAGAGGGGGCGCUGCCUGAAGGGCGGCGUGUGCGCCUGCCACGACGGGUACACCGGGCCGGACUGCGGGCAGCUAGCGUGCCCGGCGGACUGCAGCGGCCACGGGAGGUGCGAGAACGGCGUGUGCGUGUGCCACGACGGCUACUCCGGAGAGGACUGCUCCACGGAGAUUCCAUCUAUUGGUGUUCGUGUGGCAAAUCGAGAUGAAACAUCUUUCCACUUGGAGUGGAACCGCCCAGAUGUUUCUGUGGAUGCAUAUGAGAUCCACGUGAUACCCAUGCAGGAUCGUCAGGAAGGUGAAUCUGUACGCUUGUCUGGCACCGAUACAGUCUUCAAACGCACAGGGCUGAAACCAGGAGAGGAAUACAGAGUCACUAUUCGAGCAGAAAAGGGGCAGCGUUAUGGACCCCCUGUCACCCAGACCGUGCGUACACGAGUGGCUCCUCCCCGUGGCCUGCGAUCAUCACAGGUGACAGAAAACACACUGACCUUGCAGUGGGAACCACCCACCUCUCAUCCUGAUGGCUACAUCCUCAGCUACGUACCUCUAGGUUCUGCCCGUCCCGCCCAUGCUACAAAACGCAUAGAGCUGCCAGCGGCACCUGAACACGUCAGACUGGAAGAGCUGGAGCCCAAUACGCGGUACCGCAUCACCUUGAUUGCCCGCCAGAGCGGCGAGAGCAGCCGAGCCACCAGCGUCAUCGUCAGCACUACCGCACCUGCUCCGAGCCAACCCGUCAAGCAUUACUCAACACCGUCCCCUUCUUCCCAUCUAAGGCCUGAAGCCAGGAAGCCAGGCUCUACCCCUCUCUUUCCAUCCACUGGGCGUGAAGCCAGGAAGCCAGGCACUGUUCCCCUCUCCCCAUCUUCUGAGCCUGAAGCCAGGAAGCCAGGCACUGCUCCCCUCUCCCCAUCUUCUGAGCCUAAAGCCAGGAAGCCAAGCACUGCUCCCCUCUCCCCGUCUUCUGAGCCUGAAGCCAGGAAGCCAGGCACAAAGCCACGCCCAGGCCACACUCCAUUCAACACCACCUCUUUGUCCAAGGAGCUCUUCCUGAAGAAAGUGACACAGAACAUUUCAGAUAAGCUUUCCCCAUUCAAAGGGUCCCUCCUUGAACGCCUGGAGAGCUACCUCCGUGCCACCAACUUCCCUCUCCAGGGCAAUCGGACCAUAGAGAGUGUGGCCAGGGACAUAUAUAUCUACCUAAUUUACCGGAAGCCAAAGGAGAUCCAAGUAAGAGUCGAGGAACGUCUUAUUAAAGAGACUAACCAUUCUUUUCCAAAAAGGGAAAUCCCAAUAGGGGAAGCAGACAGUGUCUACUCAGAUGGAUAUUUCCGACCAGAGCAUCCCAAACCAAGAGUGGUGGCCAGCUUCUCAGAUGGCAUUGAGGUUUCCUUGAAUGGCGUGAGGGGGGUCUCAGACAGUGUUGUUAUCCGCUACCGAAACAUAAGGAAUGGAGAAGAAGGGGAGCUAGUAGUGCCUGGAAAUGCUUCCACUGCAUACAUCACUGGACUGGCUCCUGGCACAACCUACCAGGUGGAGAUCCACGGUGUCGUGAAAGGACAUUCCUCUAAGUCCUACUCCUUGAUAACUGCCACAGCUCCAGGUUCAACGACAACUGCCAAGACCCAAACCAGCUUUAUUCCCACCCUAAGCCCUGAAGUGCUGCUGAAGGACCUAUUGGUGACUGACGUCUCUCCUAACAGUUUUCAUGUGACUUGGUCUGCCCCACCCAGUUCCUUCCUCAGCUUUUCCCUUCAGUAUAAGGACCCCAAAUCCGGUGGACUUCCAAGAGAAAUCAGAAUACCAGGGACAGAGAGGAGUGUCAAUGUGGUGGAUUUGAAACCCAGUACCGAGUAUGAACUGGAGUUACAAGGGGAGAAACCUAAUGGGGUCUACGAUGCUCCACUGACAACAAGGAUUUCUACAGCCCCAUUGAUGGAGAAACCCACUGCACCACUCAGGCUGGGGGAGCUGACAGCCAAUAAUGCCAAGCCGAAUUCCCUCGAUCUUUCCUGGACCGUUGAGGCUGGGAACUUUGACUCCUUUAUCAUCCAGUACCGAGAUGCUCAGGGCAAAGCCCAGGCCCUCCCUGUCAACGGGGACCUGCGUUCUCUCCACCUGCAUGACCUGGCUCCCUCUCACAGAUACCAGAUCAACCUCUAUGGCGUCUCAGGCAGGAAGCGCCUGGGCCCCAUCUCCACCGAAGCCGAGACAGCUCCAGCAGCAGAAAUGGAGAAGCCCAGCCUAGGACAGAUUUCUGUCUUGGAAGUGACAGAUAAGUCUGCCCGCCUUGCCUGGGAUGUUGCUACUGGGACCUUUGACUCCUUUUUGAUUCAAUACAAAGAUGCUGAAGGCAAACCAAAGGCACUGCCUAUAGAUAGGGACUCUCGGGAAGCUACUGUGUCUAACCUGGUACCUUCUCGAAAAUACAAGUUCAAUCUGUAUGGACUUGUAGGCCGCAAGCGUCUUGGUCCUGUUUCCACAGAGACUGUAACAGCCUCAGUGAUGUCAGAAAAGCCUGACAAGAAACUGACAGCACCACCCAGUUUGGGAGAACUCUUUGCCUCCAAUAUCACCAGUGACACAGUGCAUUUGUCCUGGAGUGUCCCUUCCGGGAGUUUCGAUUCCUUCUUGAUACAGUACAAGGAUGCUGAGGGGAGACCCCAAGUAUUGCCCAUGGAGGGGGACUCCCGUGAAGUUGUCAUCCCUAGCCUGGCUCCGUCUCGCAGAUAUAAGUUCAAUCUCUAUGGCAUCGCCAAUCGCAAACGACUUGGUCCCGCCACUGCUAAUGUAACCACAGCGUCACUAAAGGAAGAAACUUUGCCUGAGCCUGUCCUGGCUGACCUCUCUGUCACAGAUGCUACCAGCAGCUCAGCCCAUCUCACAUGGAAUGUCCCCACAGGCAACUUUGACUCCUUCUUGUUCCAGUACCGAGACGCAGAAGGCAAUAAUCAGGCCCUGCCUGUGAACCAAGAUUCCCGUGAGGUCACCAUUCCCAAUCUGGCUCCCUCCCAAAGUUACAGGUUUGAUCUCUAUGGAAUCUUUGGGACUCAGCGUCUUGGACCCCUCUCUGCUGACGUUGUUACAGCAGCUUCUCAAGAAACAAAAGAGAGGUCAGGUGAGACCAUUCCGACUCAGCCCACACUGGAAGAACUCUUGGUCUCAGAUGUCACCAGCAAUUCUGUCCGUCUCUCCUGGACUGUCCUCACUGGGAACUUUGACUCUUUCUUGGUCCAGUUCCGGGACUCCGAGGGCAAGCUUAAUUCACUGCCUGUGGAUGGGGAAUCCCGAGAGGUCAUUGUUCCCAACCUGACGCCUUCCUACAGAUACAAAUUCAAUCUCUUUGGUGUCUCUGGUCGCAAACGUUCCAGCCCCAUCUCCAUAGAUGCCACCACAGCUGCUACAGCAACAUCACCUGAGGUGACCACGGAAAGGGUGGUUACCAUUCAACUAAGCCUGGACCAGCUCUCGGUUUCUGAUGUCACCAGUAAUUCAGUCCAGCUCUCCUGGGUCGUCCCCAUGGGAAAUUUUGACUCCUUCCUAGUCCAGUAUGAAGAUACACAGGGAAAGACUCAAGAGUUGCCUGUGGAUGGGGAUUCUCGCGUACUCAUCAUCCCAGACCUCGAGCCUUCCCAGAGAUACCAGUUCAACCUCUAUGGAGUUUAUGGUGGCAGGCAAUACGGCCCUCUUUCCAUAGAGGCUGUCACAGCCCCAGUACCAGCAUCACCAGAGAAAGCGGAAGUAUUAGCCCCACAGCCCAACUUGGGCGAACUCUCAGCCUUUGACGUUUCUAGCAAUUCGCUCCGGCUCUCCUGGACUGUCUCUACUGGGAGCUUUGACUCCUUCUUGGUCCAGUACAAGGAUGCAGAAGGCAAACCUCAAACAUUGCCUGUGGAGGGGGGAUCCAGAGAUGUCACUAUCUCCAAUCUCAUGCCUUCCCAUAGAUACAAGUUCAAUCUUUUUGGAAUCUCUGGUCACAAGCGACUCGGCCCCCUUUCCAUCGAUGCUGUUACAGCCCCAUUGAUGGAGAAACCCACUGCACCACUCAAGCUGGGGGAGCUGACAGCCAGUAAUGUCAAGCCAAAUUCCCUCGAUCUCUCCUGGACCGUUGAGACUGGGAACUUUGACUCCUUUAUCAUCCAGUACCGAGAUGCUCAGGGCAAAGCCCAGGCCCUCCCUGUCAACGGGGACCUGCGUUCUCUCCACCUGCAUGACCUGGCUCCCUCUCACAGAUACCAGAUCAACCUCUAUGGCGUCUCAGGCAGGAAGCGCCUGGGCCCCAUCUCCACCGAAGCCGAGACAGCCCCACCACCUACAGUGCCACCAACUCCACCCAGCCUGGGGGAGCUCUCUAUCUCAGAAGUCACCAGUGAUUCCGUCCAUCUCUCCUGGACUGUCCCCACGGGGAGCUUCGACUCCUUCCAGAUCCAGUACAAGGAUGCAGAAGGCAAACCUCAAGCACUGCCUGUGGAGGGGGGCUCUCGUGAGAUCACCAUCCCCAACCUGGCUCCCUCCCGCAGAUACAAGUUCAAUCUCUACGGAGUCUUGGGUCACAAGCGUCUUGGCCCAGUUUCUGCUGAUACCAUCACAGCUUCAUCUCUGCAGAAACCUCUGAUUCCUCCCAGUCUCGGGGAGCUCUCUGCUUCUGAUGUCACCAGCAGCUCUGUCCGCCUCUCCUGGAGUGUCCUGACUGGGAGCUUUGACUCUUUCCUGAUCCAGUACAAGGAUGCAGAAGGCAAACCUCAGGCAAUUCCAGUGGAAGGAACCUUCCGAGAGAUUGUCGUCCCCAGUCUGGUCCCAUCCCGCAGAUACAAGUUCAAUCUUUAUGGCCUCACUGGCCGCAAGCGCCUCGGACCUGUUUCUACCGAUGCAGUCACAGAACAACCGUCUCCACCCAGCUUGGAACAGCUCUCUGUCUCUAAUGUUACCAGUGGUUCUGCCCACCUCUCCUGGACUGUUGGCACAGGGACAUUUGACUCUUUCUUAGUCCAGUACAAAGAUGCUGAAGGCAAACCUCAAUCAUUGCCUGUGGAUGGAAGCAACCACGAGACAACCAUCACUGGUCUGUCUCCUUCCCGCCGAUACAAGUUCAACCUCUACGGGAUGGCAGGACGUAAACGUGUGGGCCCUGUCUCUGCUGAUACUGUCACAGACCCAGCAGCUGUGGCAGAGACAGAAGACCCCGUGAAGCCCAGCUUAGGAGAACUUUCAGUCUCAGAUGUCACCAGCAGUUCUGCUCUCCUCUCCUGGACUGUCCCCACGGGGAGCUUUGACUCCUUCCUGGUGCAGUACAAGGAUGCAGAAGGCAAACCGCAGGCAGUGCCCGUGGACGGGGGCUCCCGCGAGGUCACCGUCCCCAGUCUGGCUCCUUCCCGCAGAUACAAGUUCAAUCUCUUUGGUGUUUCUGGCCGCAAGCGUGUUGGUCCUGUUUCUUCAGAAGCCACCACAGCUGAAACAGAGAAAGAAGAGGAAGAUGGAGCAAGUGAGCCUAGCUUGGGGGAGCUCUCAGUCUCAGAAGCCAGCAGUGAUUCCAUCCAUCUUUCCUGGACUGUCCCAACUGGAAAUUUUGACUCCUUCCUUAUUCAGUACAAAGAUGCAAAGGACGAGGCACAGGCUUUGCCUGUUGAUGGUGGCUCCCGUGAGGUCACUGUUUCUAAUCUGACCCCUUCUCACCAAUACCGAUUUGACCUCUAUGGCCUCUCCGGUGGCAAGUAUUUUGGCCCUGUGUCCACCAACGCCAUCACAGUUUCAUCAACCCCAGAGCAGGAUGCGGAAGAGAAGGGAACCACAGCACCACCCCCAGAGCCCAACCUGGGGGAGCUUUCUGUAUCUGACGUCUCCAACAACUCUGUCCGUCUCUCUUGGGAUGUCCCUGCUGGGACGUUUGACUCUUUCCUGGUCCAGUACAAGGAUGAUAAAAGCAAACCCCAGACAGUGCCUGUAGACAAGGAGACUAACUCGGUGGUGAUUUACUACCUGGUGCCGUCCUACAGAUACAAGUUCAGCCUCUAUGGUAUCUCUGGGAGCACACGCUUCGGCCCGGCCUCAGUCAGUAUUGUCACAGCAAACACUGAAAAUGAGAAGGAGCAUCUAGUGAAAGAAGAGACAGAUCAGGAGGUCUCUACUGAAACAGAGCUCCAAUUAGGAGAGCUGAUGGUCUCUGAGGUCACCAGUAAUGCUGCCCGCCUCUCAUGGAGUGUCCCCGUGGGAAGCUUUGAUUCUUUCUCAGUCCAGUACAAGGAUGCAGAGGGAAGACCCCAAGCACUUCCAGUGGGAGGGAGCGCCCGUGAGGUCUUUGUCCCCAACCUGGUCCCCUCUCACAAAUACAGGUUCAAUCUCUAUGGGAUCUCUGGACAACGGCGUUUUGGACCCAUCUCUGUUAAUGCUGUGACGACAGCAACAGCAGACCAAGGGAAAGUGCAAGAAGUGGAAGAAGAGGCAGGCAAGGAGGUCUUUCCUGGAGCAGAGCCGCAUCUGGGAGAGUUCUCAGUCUCUGAGGUCACCAGUGAUGCUGCCCGCCUCUCGUGGAGUGUCCCCGUGGGAAGCUUUGAUUCUUUCUCAGUCCAGUACAAGGAUGCAGAGGGAAGACCCCAAGCACUUCCAGUGGGAGGGAGCGCCCGUGAGGUCCUUGUCCCCAACCUGGUCCCCUCUCACAAAUACAGGUUCAAUCUCUAUGGGAUCUCUGGACAACGGCGUUUUGGACCCAUCUCUGUUAAUGCUGUGACAACAGCUGCAGAGACACCUGGGCAGGCUGGAGAGGAGAAGAAGCCAGAGGAAGCAUCAGGCAAGGCUGUUCAGCCCAUUCUUGGAGAUGUCACAGUCUCUGAGAUCACCCCAGAUUCCCUUCUCCUCUCCUGGAGCAUCCAGGAAGGCAGCUUUGACUCUUUCCUCAUCCAGUACAAGGACGCCACAGACAAACUCCAGAUGUUAUCAGUGGAUGGAGCCAUGCGCUCUCUUCAUCUCUACAACCUCAUGCCUUCCCACAGAUAUAAAUUUAACGUCUUUGGAGUCUCUGGCUACAAGCGUGUUGGGCCCAUCUCAGUUGAUGCUGUCACAGCUCCACAAGAAGAAAUCCCUAUCCAACCCAGUCUAGGAGAUCUCUCAGUCACCAAGGUCACCAGUGACUCAGUCAGUCUGUCCUGGAAUGUGCCUGCUGGAAAUUUUGACUCUUUCCAAGUGAAGUACAAAGAUGCAGAAGGCAUCCCGCAGGUGUUGCCCCUGAGCGGUGAUUCUCGUGACGCCACUGUCCCUAGCCUGGCUCCUUCUCGCAGAUAUAAAUUCAACCUUUAUGGCAUUUAUGGGCACAAGCGCCUUGGUCCCGUCUCCACAGAUGCCAUCACAGGCCCAAGGACCCAAGCAGACAACAAAGCUCAGCUCAAGCUGGGGGAACUGUCAGUGCAUAACAUCACAUCAGAAUCGCUUCUUCUCUCCUGGUCUGUGGAAAGUGGGAAUUUUGACUCUUUCAUCAUCCAGUACCGAGAUGCAGGUGGGAAGCCCCAUGCUCUGCCUGUGGAUGGGAGCUUGCGGUCCCUGCGGCUUCAUGACCUGGCCUCCUCUCACAGAUACAGGUUUAACCUCUAUGGGGUUUCUGGACGGAAGCGCCUUGGACCCAUCUUCACAGAGGCUGUGACAGCCGAUUCGGAAGAACUUGCCCCUCCACAGCCUAGUCUGGGGGAGCUCUCAGCCUCCAACAUCAACAGCACAUCUGUCCAUCUGUCCUGGACAGUCCAGACUGGGAAUUUUGACUCCUUCAUCAUUCAGUACCGAGAUGCAGAGGGCAAACCCCAGGCAUUGCCCAUAGACACGAGCUCCCUGGAUGCUGUUGUGUCCAACCUGGCACCGUCCCGUCGAUACAAGUUCAACCUCUACGGCGUCUCUGGACGGAAGCGCUAUGGCCCCAUCUCCACAGAAGCAGUCACAGCUCGAAUGGUGGAACCAAAAAUCAGACCGACACUGGGUGAUCUCUCUGUCUCUGAGGUCACCAAAGAGUCUGUCCGCCUCUCGUGGACCAUCUCUGCUGGGAAAUUUGACUCUUUCCUUGUUCAGUAUAAGGAUACCCAAGGAAAAACCCAGACAGUUCCUGUCGAUGCUGACUCCCGCACAGUCGUCAUCUCUGACCUGAAGCCAUCCCACAGAUACAACUUCAACCUCUACGGCAUCUCUGGGAAGAAACGGCUUGGACCAAUCUCUAUCGAUGCUGUCACAGCUUUCCCAGAUGCCCCUGGUGGACCUGCCCACUUGCUUGAUCACCUGGUUGUCUCUGAAGUGACUCCCACAACCAUGCAGCUCACCUGGGAAGCUCCAGAGGGAGAGUUUGAUUCCUUCCUGGUCCGAUACAAGGACUCUCUUCCAGGCAGUGGGAGGAGCCCCCCACCUGCCAAGGAAGUGAAGGUGCCUGGGGAUGAAACUACUGCUGUACUUCGCGGCCUUACACCCAACACCGAAUACAGCCUUACAGUCUAUGGCAUCAAGGAUGGGUCAGAAGCGGCCAAUAUCAAUGGAGCAGCAAGGACAACUGGGCUAGAGCUGGACAGUCCCCGGGACCUGCGGUUCAGUGACAUCCGUGAGACCUCGGUCGUGGCCAACUGGAGAGCGCCAUCCUCUCGAAUCGAUCGCUAUAAAGUUUCCUUCCAGCCCUCCGAUGGGGGAGAGCCCAGAAGCAUCAUCGUGGAUGGAUCCAAGCUCAAAACAACCAUCGACAACCUAACCCCGGGAGCCAGUUAUGAGGUCACUGUGAUGUCUCUUCGUGGGUUUGAAGAGAGCGAGCCCUUGGUGGGUUACGUCACCACAGUCCCAGAUGGUCCUUCUGACUUGCGUGCCAUCAACGUAACCGAUUCCUCAGCUGUGCUAACAUGGCGUCCUCCUGUGGCUGAGAUGAGCAACUACAUCGUCACCUAUGGACCCAUUGGUGGCCCCAGGGUCUCUGAAUCAGUACCCGGGAACCGGGUCCAGCUGCAGUUGUCAGAACUGCACCUCGACACAGAAUAUCGGACCAGUGUCUAUGGGGAGAAGGAAGGAAACCGUAGCUCUCCAGUCAGCGCCACAUUCACCACUGGAGCAGAUGGACCUCGUGACCUUCAUGCUACCGAGGUCUCACCUCGAAGUGCUCGUCUUACCUGGUCACCACCCCAUGUCCCUCCUGGCGGGUACCUCCUGAGUUAUGAAACCCCAUACGGACAAUCAAAGGAGAUCCCCUUGAAUGCUUCUGUCACUUCGUAUGAACUCCAAGACCUGAUUCCUUCCAGUCUGUACCACGUGCAAGUCCAGGCACUGAGGGAAGGCAAGCCGACUGCCCCCACCUCCACUUCCUUCACCACUGGGCAUCUGACAUACCCCUUCCCGCGAGAUUGCUCCGAGGAGAGUCAGAAUGGACCAGGGCCCUCACGGGUCACCACGAUUUAUCUGGGAGGCAACCGAGACCACCCCUUGCAAGUGUACUGUGACAUGGAGACCGACGGAGGCGGCUGGAUUGUCUUUCAGCGUCGGAUGAAUGGCAAGACAGAUUUCUGGCGUGACUGGCAGGAUUAUGCCAAAGGCUUUGGCAACCUUACAGAAGAAUUUUGGCUGGGAAAUGAUGCUCUGCACCAGCUGACCACAUCCGGGGAUUACGAGCUGCGUGUGGAUCUCCGUGCAGGGAAGGAGUCCGUCUAUGCCACCUACCAACACUUCCGCGUGGAUUCCCCAGCCGAUUAUUACCGCCUGCACCUGGGCAGCUACAGUGGCACUGCCGGUGAUGCGUUCAGCUACCACUCAGGCAGCGUCUUCUCCACCCGGGACCGGGACCCCAACCGAGUCAUCAUCCCCUGUGCCGUCUCGUAUCGCGGCGCAUGGUGGUACCGCAACUGCCACUACACCAACCUCAAUGGGCUGUACGCAAACAACCGGGAUCAUCAGGGAGUCAAUUGGUUUAAUUGGAAAGGAUUUGAGUUUUCUAUCCCCUUCACCGAGAUGAAGCUACGGCAGAGCGGCUUCCAGCCUUUGCGGCGGGCAUGAGCACAGCGGGGGGCUGCAGCACUAACUGCGGGGGGGCAGCGGCAGUGGAGGAGCAACGGCAGGAAGAUCCAGCAAGGACCCCUCUGUCACUGGAUACCUCACACCCUGCCUCAAUGUUGCCUUUCCCAUCCUAAGAAAAACAAGCAGCACAGAGCAAGCCGAAAAAGGAAAACGGACAAAUGUUAACAAGCACCUUGUAUUAUUUUCAUUAUCGUUAUCACUUCCUGCCACUGGCCUGUCACAAAAUGUCAAGGAGCUGCAGCGGCUAGAGGAGAGCGGGAUUGCUGAGGGGGAGGGUCAUGGCGAUGAGCCGUGUGCGUGUGCAUCUUCGUGCAGGACGCGGGCAGGCCUGGGCGGGCACUCUUCCCGGGGAGCAUCAAGAAGGGACCGGGGGGAGGUAGACCAGCAACUGAACCCUUGAAAAUGGGCAGGCGGCAAAGCCUCUCACCACGGAUGCGGUUUCCCCAGUUCUCUUGCUUCCAGGAUGGCAACGGAGUGGUCCGGUUCAGGUCCCUCCAAGGGGCAGGGUUUGGCCAUUGCUGUCGGCAUCUCCCAUCGCUGACCCCUUCUAUGCAGGUCUCUGCUCCCACAGGUUCCUCUCCCCGUCCUCCUCCAGCUCCACUCAAUACGCAGGCCACUGCCGCCGCCACCUCCUCCUCUUCCUCUGCCCUCCUCCCCCUUCCUCGAGUACGAUUUGGAAGGGAAAUUAAACUAAUCAACAGCCGCUGAAAGCAGGUUACGUAAAAGCACUUUUGAUUUAUAAUGUUUGCAUUUGUUUUGCCCUUCCCGAGUCCCUUGUGAACUCAAGCUACAUUUCCUGUCCCCACAAAAAAGGCUUUUUGCUUCUUGUGUCCCUCCCACUCAAAACAAGAGUACAUGGUAACAGGCAAAGAAGUCCAGGAACAGGCAAAUGAAACAAAGAGGUGGUGGUGCCUUAAAAAGAUCACAGAAUGCGAAGAGCAGGGGGAAAUGGACUGAAAUGGCUUCAAGGUGAUGGUGAUUGGGGACUGUGAGGGGGAAACGCUUGUGAAAAUAUAACACAAUAACAACUGGCUAACUUAGUACAGCAAGCAAGGGUGAGUUUUCCACCUCCCACAGAAAGCAAGGAUAACCAAAGUCCAUUGCCCUAGGAGCCCUUUUGGGGGACUGAAAGGCAACAAAGAAAUGAUGCGUACAAGUUGGUUUCCACAGUGAGAACUGGGCCUCUGUUGUUGUCACUUAGAAAUACAUGCAGUGCCUCCUGAAUUAGCCGUUUGUAAAGAACAAGGUUUAUCAUUAUGGCCUUCAGCUGCAUACGGUAUAAACCCUCCCACUUAAAGAGGGAGAGAUACAGCAUGGAAAUGGAAAAUAUGUGUUUCUUUCAGCAAAAGAAACUGGCCAAUUUUUUAAAAACCACCCCUUGAGAAAAAGCUUCAGGACCUGGCAAAGGGCCUCUUUUUUCCUCUGUUCUAUUAAAAACCAAAUACAUCUUAGUUCCAAGUGGACUGUUUGUUUUCUUUUUUAAAAAAGAGCAGUCGCAUCCCAAAAAUAGAAUGAAAUUAGAAACCAAUCUGAUGGAUUAAAGACACUCUUGGUAGCCUAAGUCCUAAUGAAGUCUCGGAUGAAAAACAGAACUCAUACAGAAUUUAAAAAGAGAGAAACUAACGAUGUGAAGCCAACAAGAGUAAAAUAGUGAAACAAUCUGGAUUCCUGGAUUACUUCAAACAGACAGCCAACCCUUCUGAUGCAAGGCAAAGAAAGAGCAAGGUAUUGGGGGGGGGGGAGUCUCAAGGAGAUCAAGUGCCUCCUCAUUGCCCCCUCCCUCCAGAUUUACUUUAAUCCUGCCUCCCCUGGCCUUUGAAACGAAUACCCAUUGCCACAUUCACAAGCGUUCAGCUCUGAAAUCUUAGAAAUCUUAGCACUGAUCACAACCAACUCGGGCCUCUGCACCUUCCCUCCCCAAACAGGGAAAGUCAGGAGAUGCAGGGCCCAUCUCCAAAAUGGGAAUGCAAGUCUGCUGUGGAAAACGAGUGGGGGCAGGAUGAACAAAUGGGAGAGGUACACUACCAAUCUGUCUGACAGGUUCCUGAUUUUUUUGUCCUUGAACAUCCACUCCAAGCAAGCCAUUGAUUUCCCCAGCGCACUCCCGGUGCCUUCCCAGAAAAGUACCCUGGUGGGUGCUCUAGAUCUGCACUUAAUUAAGAUGGUACAAAUACAGUCGCACAGUUAGUAUUCUUCUGGUUUUCUAAUAGCAGCCGUCAUCCUGGCUUCUACUAGCGUACUAGAAGCCAGGGGAAGGAGCGGGAAGAGGAAGGAGUCACAGGAAAGGGGGUUUUUGUGGGGUAGCCAGACUGUGUUGCAGAGCAAAAGUCCUUGCAGCCCAAGGCAGGGCACAGUCUGUGCGGGGGGCGGGUGAGUGGCAGGGGCAGCCUGUACAGUGUUACUUGUUUCUUCAUGUUUUUUUGUUUUGUUUUUUAGAGGGGUGUGGGGAAAUUUUCUCUAUAAGAAGUGCUUGAAAAAAGUUAUUUUUUAGAUCAUGGUGAGAAAAUGUUUAAAAAUAAAAAUUAAAUUUAAAGAUGGAA